CUGCUCAGCCCAGCCCACGUUGCUGCUUAGAUUGAAAUGCAGAACUCAAGCCUCUUUCUGCUCGGCACAGACUUCCUUUUACUCUUUCCUUUGGCACUCUCGUCGCCUCCUCCCGGGGAGAAGCUGAGGCAGCCGCGUCUUGGAGCAGCGACAGGUCGGCCUAGUGAGAGCGAGAGAAAAGUUUCUUUCUGGGUGUGCGGAACAGGGGCCGGGUUGGUGUACUGCUCGGAGCAAUGGAGCCAGCCUUCGGGGAGGUGAACCAGCUGGGAGGAGUAUUCGUGAACGGAAGGCCACUGCCCAACGCCAUUCGGCUUCGCAUCGUGGAAUUAGCCCAACUGGGCAUCCGACCUUGUGACAUCAGCCGCCAGCUACGGGUCUCACACGGCUGCGUCAGCAAGAUCCUGGCGCGCUACAACGAGACCGGCUCGAUUUUGCCCGGAGCCAUCGGGGGCAGUAAACCUCGGGUUACCACUCCCACUGUGGUGAAACACAUCCGGACUUACAAGCAGAGGGACCCGGGCAUCUUCGCUUGGGAGAUCCGGGACCGCCUGCUGGCGGACGGGGUGUGCGACAAGUACAACGUGCCCUCGGUGAGUUCCAUCAGCCGGAUUCUGCGCAACAAGAUCGGCAACUUGGCCCAGCAGGCUCAUUACGACUCGUAUAAGCAGCACCAGCCUGCGCCACAGCCCGCGCUGCCCUACAACCACAUCUACUCGUAUCCCAGUCCCAUCGCCGCGGCGGCAGCUAAGGUGCCUACACCACCUGGGGUGCCGGCCAUCCCCGGUUCUGUGGCCAUGCCACGCACCUGGCCCUCCUCUCACUCUGUCACUGACAUCUUGGGCAUCCGCUCCAUCACUGACCAAGGAGUGAGCGACAGCUCCCCCUACCACAGCCCUAAGGUGGAGGAGUGGAGCAGCCUGGGCCGCAGCAACUUCCCGGCCGCCGGCCCGCACGCAGUGAAUGGACUGGAGAAGGGGGCCUUGGAGCAGGAGGCCAAGUACGGCCAGGCACCAAAUGGUCUCCCAGCUGUGAGCAGUUUUGUAUCAGCAUCCAGCAUGGCUCCUUACCCGACUCCAGCUCAAGUGUCACCCUACAUGACCUACAGUGCCGCUCCUUCUGGUUAUGUGGCUGGGCAUGGGUGGCAACAUGCCGGCAGCACCCCACUGUCCCCCCACAACUGUGACAUUCCCGCAUCGCUGGCUUUCAAGGGAAUGCAGGCAGCCAGAGAAGGUAGCCAUUCCGUCACAGCUUCAGCACUCUGAUGGGAACUUUCCUUUCCAGCAGCUUCACUUUGGUCUCCUCUCUCAGCACAUCCCCCCACCUCUUCACACCCCACCUGUCCAGUGGUCCAGCCUUCCUGCCUCAAGAGCUGGUUUUAUGGAUUCAUAAUCUUUGUGCUGAUGACACUUAAUUAUU